AUGAGGUCAUCCGUGAUCUUUGACAGCACAAGAUCAGCCAUGACUUCUGAGGAGGAUCUCGCGUGGUUUCAAUCAACCUUCCGUCCUAUCCCAAAACCGGAGCUCCCCGACGACGCUGUUGAAUACUCAGUUUAUCAUAUCCCGCCCUCCCCCACCCCCGCCGUUAUCGAUGAAGCUGCCGAGACCCGAGCACGACUACUUGAGGUGCAACGUACAGCUGCAGAUUUAACCAAAGAUUUGCUUAAAUAUUACAUCUGGCAGCGUGAGGCCUUCCGAUUAGAGAUUAUUAAAGAAGACGGAAUCACCUCACUACAGGGCCGCACCUCCUUCGGCGACUCUAUCGAAGAUGAAUGGGUCAUUGUGUACUUCCUCCGUGAGCUGACCAAGCGACACAAAGAUAUUUGGGUCAAAGUGGUGGACGGCGAUGGCGAGUUUCUUCUCAUUGAAGCCGCGGGAACACUCCCGGCAUGGAUAGAGCCAGAUGUCGCAGAUAAUAGGGUGUGGCUUCACCAAGGAGACCUCCGAAUCAUCAAGCCCAAGCAGGAGGCGAAAAAACAGGUUACCGAGAAAAUUUCACUUCCAGAGGCACGAAAGAUUAUCGAGAAUGAACCCGGUCGCCUUCUUCGCUCAACGAUAAUCCAAGAAGAGGCCUUUUACCGUCUGCGCAAGUACCCUCAGCAAAUCAGCGAAAACCUUCACUCCGCCCCAGCCUACAUUUCACCUGCUGUGGAGGCGUUCUAUGUUCGUGAUCCGAUCGCUCUGCGGCCACUGCGAGCGAAGGAUGCGUCCGGCCUUGUUUUCAAGCCGGACGACUUGGUCGACGUUAGUGUUCGGUUUACCCGUGUCGGAUAUGCGCAACUCAAAAGCCAAGAAUUUCCUGUGCCAAAUACCUGGGCGGGCAAGCUGCCCUCGACUGAGGACCGCAAAGCAUAUGAACGGGCGGAAGCGGGGAUGAAACUCGCGUGUGGAUUCGAGAUGCUGCUUCACGACCCCCAAAACCAAGAUAAGCCUGCAGUCAGGGAAAUGAAGUUCCUGCUCGAGGAUGUGGAGACAGGGGAUGAAACCCUUCCCACCGAUCAAGAAAUCCAAGAAACCUGGGACAAGCGAGACGACGAUGAAAAAUGGCUGGAUAUCAACUAUGAAGAUUUGGAGACAGAGCUCAAAGGAAGAGGCGGAGGAAAGGGAGAAGAUGCUGGCAAAUUCGGUGACUCCGGUGCCCAGGAGAAUCUUCAACGGAUCGUGGCUCGCUUUGAAGAGUUCCUGAAUGACAAUUCAGCGGGCUUCGAUGGUGCUGAUUUCAUUGAUGACUUCGAGUCGGAUUCUGACGUCGAAGAUGAUGAUGACGAGGAAGUCGACAGUGAAGGCGAGGAUAAGGACGCGUCAUUCAACGAAGAGGAAUUCUCCAGAAUGAUGAAAGAGAUGAUGGGCAUGCCCUCUGCACCCGAUUCCAUCCGCAAACGGGUGGAAGACCUCGACUCGGACGGGGAAGACGACACGGAGCAGAUCAAGGAGCUUUCCCGACGAAUGGAGGCAGAAUUGCAAGGGACGGGCGUGCUGGAUCUCAACCGGCGCCCACAGGAAUUGUUCUCUGACGGAGCAGGUGCAUCCAAGGGAAAGGCUGCCAACAUCUCCAAUGAAGACGAGGAGGAUGAGAACAUCAACAUCAACCUUGCUAAGAAUUUGCUGGAGAGUCUUCAGGGCCAAGCUGGAGCCUCUGGUCCGGCAGGCAAUAUGCUGUCAAUGAUGAACAUGCGCAUGCCCAAAUAUGAUCGCCCUUGA